GUCAUCUUCUUGGAUAUCGCACCACAUUUGACGAUGAAACUAGUCAACCGGUGGUUUGACAAAAACGGGGCGGGACAUGUUACCCUGCGGCCUGAGGACAACGAAGAUAUGUGGCAUCUCUACAACCUUAUAUCCGAAGGAGAUGCUGUUAGAGCAACGGCGCUCAGACGAGUUCAGAAUGUUUCCUCCACUGGGUCGACCGAGUCGCACCGUGUUCGAACAACCCUGACAAUCCAGGUCUCUCGGGUAGAGUUCUCACCUGCAUCGAGCGGACAAGAUGGCUCAGAGAAUAGUGCUGGGGGCAGCGUUCCUAACGCCUCUCUGCACAUAUCCGGCCCGGUAAUUUCGGAAAACCAGUAUGUUCGAAUGGGAGCAUUCCACACUCUCGACAUCGAACCCAACCGGGACGUCCGCAUUGAAAAGUCUGAAGGAUGGGACAGCGUUGCAAGAGCCCGGGUAGAAGAGGCAAUUGUACCUGGACGCGGAGCCGAGGUCGCAGCCGUUGUAUGUGGGGAAGGAACAGCGGCAUUCUGCCUUCUGUCCCAACAUAUGACCGUGGUCACGCACCGAAUAGCCGUCUCGAUUCCAAGGAAGGCUGCUACUUCCGGAACCUCACAGCACGAGAAAGGUCUUGGAAAAUUCUACAGCACACUCUAUGACUCGUUUAUCCGCCAUGUUCCCUACGCCAACCCCGACCUUAAAGCCAUCAUCAUUGCUAGCCCGGGAUGGGUACGGGACGCAGUCGCCGACCAUUUGAACGCAGAAGCCUCGAAGCGCGGUGACAAACCACUUCAGAGGGCAUUGAAAGAGAAGCUUGUCAAAGUACAUGUGACCAGUCCCCAUGUGCACAGCUUAGUGGAGGUCUUGAAGAAUCCUACGGUUGCAGCCCAACUAAAGGAGGCAAAAUUCUCUAGGGAGGGCAUUACUCUUGACAAGUUCCACAAGAUGCUGGGAACUGACGAAAUGAGGGCUUGGUAUGGUCCUGACCAUGUUUGCCUUGCAGCGGACAGAGGGGCGAUAGGGACGCUUCUCAUUUCUGACAAUCUCUUCCGAUCAAGUGAUCCAGCUACCCGGAAGAAAUAUGUUGAGGUUGUUGAGGCAGUCCAAGCGAAGGGAGGAGAAGUAGUGAUCUUCUCGAGUAUGCACGAAUCAGGGCAGCAAUUAAACCAACUCACGGGUAUCGCGGCUAUCCUGACGUUCCCGUUGGAUAUCGAAGUAGUGGAAGCGGAGGAACGUGAAGAGGCGGAGGCACGGAAGAAACGUGAGCUUGAACAAGACGGCGGCGACGCGUGA